AUGUUACCACCAGCUAUCAACUUCCCAAAAUGGUUGGAAGAGAAUAAUCAUCUUCUCAAACCACCUGUAGGGAACAAAUGCAUGUACAAAGGAUCCAACUUCAUCGUCAUGAUCGUCGGUGGCCCAAACACCAGAGUAGAUUUCCAUAUUAAUACGACGGAAGAAUGGUUCUAUCAAUACAAGGGAACGAUGACUUUGAAAGUGGUUGACGAAGGGAAGAUUAGGGAUAUCACGAUUGGAGAAGGGGAGAUGUUCUUGUUACCUGCCAAUACACCUCACUCGCCUAGGAGGGUGGCAGAUACGAUUGGAGUUGUACUUGAGAUGGUCAGACCAGGUGAUGCUAUUGAUACGAUGAGAUGGUAUUGUCCCAACCCAAAGCACGGUGACAACCUCGUCCAGAUCCGUGAAGUCACUUUCCACUGUUCAGAUUUAGAUACACAGUUGAAACCCGUUAUAGAAAGGUGGAUGACGGAUGAUGAGUGGAGGACAUGUCCGGAAUGUGGGGAGGUAGCACCUGCUAAGCCUUAG